AUGGCGUUCCUCUUCGACAAGAUGAAGGACGCUGUGAAGGACGCCGAGACCAGGUUCAAGUCAUCUACAAAGAACGCACAUUCUCAUACUCACCAUUCCGGGCAAUGCUCCGAUCACGACAGCCAUCAUCUUCAUCGAUUCCAGUCCUUCGCACCACAGCGCGAAGGCAACAAUGUCAAAUGGUAUGUUGAUGGCUGCAGCUAUAUGUAUGCUGUCAGCAUGGCAUUGGAGCGUGCUCAGCGUGAGAUUUGGAUCCUGGACUGGUGGCUAUCACCUGAGCUGUACUUGAGGCGGCCGCCCGCGAAGAACGAACAAUAUCGGCUCGACAGGUUGCUCUUUGCUGCCGCGGAGAGAGGCGUACAGGUCAACGUCAUUGUGUACAAGGAGGUUACCCAGGCUUUGACGCUUUCUUCGAGUCAUACGAAACAUUGGCUUGAGGAUAAUGACAAGACGGGCAACAUCAAGGUGAGUGAGCCGGCAGCCUGUUGCGGUAGAAGAUACAUGGGUUGCAUUCUUCCUCCAAGAUCAACGGCCACUCACACACAUCCAGAUCUUCAGACAUCCCGAUCAUCUGCCAGACAAGCAGACGCUUGCAUCAAGCUUCAUCUCAAGCAUUAAACAGAGCGGUCUGAGCCCUGCAAAACUGGUACAGCUCCCUGGAGACGCCAUCAAAGCCGUCUAUGGGAUGAAUGAAGACGCCGUCUUGUUCUGGGCGCACCACGAGAAGCUCUGCCUUGUGGAUGGACAUACCGCAUUCAUGGGCGGUCUCGACUUGUGCUAUGGUCGAUGGGACACAAAUCAGCAUUCAAUUGCGGAUGUCCAUCCUAGUGACCUCCGUAGCAUCGUGUUCCCAGGUCAGGACUACAACAAUGCCAGAAUCAUGGACUUCCAGGAUGUGCAGCACUGGGGGAACAACAAGCUGGACCGAAGAUACAACAGUCGAAUGGGAUGGAGUGACGUAGCUUUCUGUCUCAGCGGACCCGCUGUUGAGGAUCUCAAAGCGCACUUUGUCCAGCGUUGGAACUUCAUUUACUUUGAGAAAUACGACGUACGCAAAGAUGAGAGGUACCAUCCCCUCGUCUACUCGCCUGUGAGGGCCGGAAUCAUCGGCCAUCCUUACAAGGCGUCAGAGGCAGGAGGUGAAAUCGAAGGCGAGGGACAAUACGAUGGCUUUCGAGAGCGAAUGCGGUUACAGUACGAGACAGGCAAAGCACGAUUGGAAGAGCAACGUGAGCGCCUGCGCGACCAAUUCUCCGCAGGUCAAAACGACUAUUCCAUGAUCCAAGGCGGCGUCCACUGCCAGCUCACCCGGUCAUGUGCACGAUGGAGUCAUGGUGUCCAUGUUGAGCAUUCGAUCGCGAACGCAUAUAUUGACAUCAUCAAGAGGAGCGAGCACUUUGUUUACAUGGAAAACCAAUUCUUCAUUACGGCUACAUCGGAUGAACAAAAGCCAGUUAGGAACAAGGUCGGAGCUGCAAUCGUCGAGCGUAUUAUCCGAGCUGCACGCAACAAUGAAGACUGGCAUAUGAUCAUCAACAUCCCUUCUGUGCCUGCUUUCGCCGGUGACUUGAAGGCGGAUGACGCUCUUGGGACGAGAGCCAUCAUGGAGUUUCAAUAUUUCUCAAUCAACCGAGGUGGACACAGCAUCAUGGAAAGUGUCGCGAGAGAAGGGAUCGAUCCAAUGGAGUACAUUCGCUUCUACAACUUGAGAAGCUACGACAGGAUCAACAUCAGCGCCACAAUGACGAAAGUGGAAGAGCAAGCCGGAGUCUCCUAUGACGAAGCGCGCAACCAGCACGAUCAGAAGUAUGGCGACGCAGAGGCCCAAGGCAGCGCCGGAAACCCAGACUCGGCAUAUGACAGAUAUCAGCGGACUGCUGCAAACGUCCGCGGAAGCGACAGCGGUAGAUGGGACAGCGUCGCCGAGUGCUACAUGCUCAACGGACCCGACCUGCAAACAAUCCCGUGGGAAGGCGAUCCCGAAGCGGAAAUGGAUGCUUUUGUUUCCGAGGAGCUGUAUAUCCAUUCGAAGCUUCUCAUAGCCGACGACCGCAUUGUAAUUUGCGGAUCCGCGAACAUGAAUGACAGAUCGCAACUCGGCGAUCACGACUCGGAGAUCGCUAUGAUUAUCGAGGAUCAGCAAGACCUUGAUUCGUAUAUGGCUGGUAAACCAUGGAGAGCCUCAUCAUUUGCGACCAGUCUCCGGCGUCAAAUCUUCAGGAAGCAUCUGGGUUUGCUCAAGCCUCAAGACAUGGAGAAGCCAGACGCAAAUUUCACGCCCAUUGGAGAUGCGAAUCUGUACGAUUGGGGCAGUAGGGAAGACCAGGUUGUGGUGGAUCCUCUUUCGUCGGAUUUUGAUAAUUUGUGGAAGACUACCGCUGCCGAGAAUACGAAGGCAUUCGCCAAAGUCUUCCAUCCGGUACCAGAUGAUAGCGUGCGAACAUGGAAGCAGUACGACGCGUACUACGAGCGCUUCUUCAAGCCCGAAGAAGCCAAGAAUGAAGGCAAGGAGAUGCAGAGGCCAAGUACGUGGAAGUGGGGACACGUGGUACGGGAAGAAUUCUCUCCAGGCGCGCAAGGUCUCAGCGAGGUGAAGGAGAUCUUGAGCAAGGUUCGGGGAAAUCUGGUGGAGAUGCCGCUGAUGUUCUUGAAGGAGGAGGAUAUUGCGAAAGAAGGGUUGGGGCUGAAUGCCCUUACUGAGCAGGUGUACACCUAG